AUGCACUUGGCACUCUCGCUUGACUGUUCCUUCCUUGACUUAACCAACGAUGAUGAUUCGGCCUACGACUCUCCCACUUCUUCCCAAGAAGACGAGCCCUUGGACGCCAAAGUUCUCCCACUACCACCAAGACAGAAAAUCAAACGACACCGACGCCGUCGGAAUCUUUACCAUAACGAACUCUCUGAUACCCCAGGACGGAGGCGCCAAAGGUCUGGCGAUACUGAAAACAUCUUGAGCUUAUCGGACAUUAACCUUCCCCUCGAAAUCAGUGAUCACCUGUUGAUGGCUGGCCUGGCCAACUGGGCUCCUUCCAACCAUGCACCCAUCGCUCAAGAACCCAUCUCUGUUUCUGCAUCAAGUUCAUACACUUCCCUCUUGGAAAAUGUUCGUGAUCAGUGCACAAAGUAUUUGGAAAGGCGUUCAGUAGUAUCACAAGAAUCAACCCUAAUCCGAGCAAAGCCGAUCCUGCGCAACCAAUUCAUCAAACCCAGAUCAGACCGGAUCCUUGCCCAGUCCUCCAUUCCCCCGCUCCCAUCAAUCCUACUGGUCCCGAGCUCUGAAGUCACGAGAAGACCGACGACGAAACGGAUGAUAGGCUCCGGAAUCAACCGAGCAUGUUCGAUCAAAUUACUCUCUUCAUUCUCGAUCCCCGAAAAAAUCCAGACUAGUCAUCCUCAGAUCGAGAACCCUCAUGACCAGCAGGAAAGAGCCGCCAACUUCGAAAUCCUCAUCUCCUCUUCCGGCCCCUUGAAGAAUCUCGAUCCCAACCAAAGUCUUAUCUCCGCUGCUUCAAAAUCACCAACAUCAACUACUCACUCCUUGAAGUUCAAGAAUACUCUCCAUCAUCAACAAUCUAUCUUUAAAACUGAUUUAUUCUCGAAUAAAAACGUCUCCUGGUUAUCCAAUCUUAGUCUAGGCAAAGAAAACCAAAUUGAUGGUCUACAUCAACCCGAGGACGAAUAA